CCCUCCCAAUAUAAUACUUUCAUACGCUGCAGACUAACCUGUAUGUUUUGUUUCUAUAGCUGAUUAGCAUAUUUAUGCGGUUGUGAUGACUCUGAUGAUGUAGGGGCGUUUCCUUUCCUAUCUUUCUUUGCGGGAAGCACUGAGUCUCCCACUUUCCAUACAUCUGCAUCGGUCGUAGCCCACGAUGGAGAGGACAGUUCUUGACUGCGUUGUCGAGGCUCUAGAUAAUCUCAGCGCAGACGAUUUCACGCGAUUUAAGCGGAAAUUGUGCGAAACGAAAAAAAUCAGGUAUGGGCAAAUUGAGAAUGCGAAUAAAAUAGACGUCGCACAAAAAAUAGUCAGUGUAUUUACCAAAGCUGCAGCCGUGAGCCGGACUGCGGACGUGCUGAGAGCCAUUGGCCUGAACGAAGAUGCAGAGGCGCUGGAGGAGGAAGGUACCGAAGUAUCUAAAGUAGGGAAAGACAGUUCAGGAGAUACGCGAGGGAAGGGCGGGACUUCAAGGAACAUAGUAAAUGAGCAACAUUUUGUUGACAGGAAAAUGAGCGACCUGAUCAACAGGGUCAGCCCGGUGGCACCGAUUUUAGACCAACUUUUUCAGAGCGGAUUCAUAAAGCAUGAAAUGUACUCCAGCAUCUAUAAUGAGAGAAACUCCUGUGACCAAAUGAGGAGCCUGAUGCUCAAAGUCAUCAUGCCUGGUGGCAACCGAGCCAAAGACGAGCUCUGCAAGAUAUUAGAGAAUCAACAGAAAUAUCUAAUGGAGGAUCUGAAAGGACAGUGAAGCGGGUGUAUAUGUGCAAGGUAACCUUGUCUUAAACCAGGCUUUCUUGUACUGCUUAUAAGCAUCUUAUUUUUGACACACUGUGCCUUAAUCUGUGUAUUAUAACAGUCACUGAGACUGUUAAUUCCUUUAAUUUGCCAAAUUACUUAACCUAAAUGCCAGCUUUCUGUACUGAAAAAGUUGGCCCAUAAAAUGUGGUAAAAUCUCCUUCAGGUGAAAUUCUGCUGGGAAAAUACUGGCAUCAACAUUGAAACAUUGUUUACAAAAGGAAAGUCUUAAGUGAUUAAUGCAUCAAUCUUAAUUUGAUACCGUCUAUAUGGGUUAAUCUGUGUCGGCUCAACAAAUAAAGUGUGACAUUAUAGAUAGAUAUUGGUUAUUAUGGAGGUCUGUUACACAUACAAUGUACAGCAGAGAUGCGUAUGUAACUGCAUUGAAACUUUCAGACCCCAAAAUGAGAUUUAUCUGUAACUGAAGACCCAAACGGCAUGUAAAAAAAAUCAGAACAGAAUUCCACCCUCUAAUUUGGGAUUUCAUUGUGAAAGUGAGCUACACUCAGUAUGCAAAUUACUGUUAAUAAUACUACGCUAAAUUUGUGUUUAUAGAGUAAAACUGUUUGGACCACCUCUUUCUCAACUGAUCCUUUCUGUUUCUGAAUAAAGAAAUUCACGUAUUCGA